UCUUCGCCCCAUCCUUCAUGUUCAUCGUAUCGUUCUCGUUCGUCACUGCGCUGAAGAAAAAAUGGUACUCACGAACUUCAAUGGAGUCGGCGUUGGAUUUGGGUUUGGCAUCGGUUGCGGAUUUGGCGUCGGAUGGGGUUUUGGAGGUAUGCCGCUGAACAUCUUAGGGAUUGGUGCAGGUGGAGGAUGUGGGUUGGGGAUGGGUCUCGGAUGGGGUUUCGGGACAGCCUUUGGGAGCAAAUACCGAUCGUCUCGAGUAACAUUUGAAGGCAUCGAGUUUGAGAAAAAGGACCGAUAAACCCGAACACAGCAAGCGAGACAUAACACAUGUCAUACUCAACCUAAGAAUCAAGGUAAGAUCGGUUCUUUCUAUUGGGAUGUUAUCAUCAUUUCGAGAGAUUGCCAUUCACCAUUGUAGUAAUUUCGCUUCUGGUAGAAGGCAAAUACCACAUUUGGGUUUGUUUACUGUUCUAGGAGAAUGCCACCUAAUACAUGUAUUAAUGAAGUUC